GCAGCCUAGCCUCAUUCUCUCAACUUGGAAAAUGUAAGGUGUUAUUUCAUGAAACAGUAUUGAAUUUAUUUGUGAAAUUGUAGAAAUGGGAGAACCCUUUCAAGGGCUCCAGAAGCAACAUUUUCUAAGCAACUCUACCUUAGGAAAUUGUGAAACUUUUGAAAAAUGGUGGGAUGGGUCGUCAUUGUCUUGUGUACUUAUUCCAUUAAUACGAUAGACUUCCUGUUAGUGGAAAAAACAUUGAUUGUUCAAAAUACCUACCACUUGCUUUGAACAUUGCUCAAAUGAAAAGUUUCAAGCUUAUUGAAUCCCUAAAGCAGGGGUUCCCAAACUAAGGCCUGUGGGCCGGAUGUGGCCCUCCAAGGUCAUUGACCUGGCCCCCGCCCUCAGUUUUAGACUUAGCCUUGCCCAAAGUCUGAAAUGACUUGAAGGCACACAACAACAACAAUCCUAAUUAACUUGACUAUCUCAUUGGCCAGAAGCAGGUCCAUACUUCCCAUUGAAAUCCUGAUAGGUUUAUGUUGGUUAAAAUUGUUUUUAUUUUUAAAUAUUGUAUUGUUCUUUCAUUGUUGUUGGGGUUUUUCUUGCACUACAAAUAAGACACGUGCAGUGUGCAUAGGAAUGUGUUUGUAUUUUUUCCCCAAAUGAUAAUUUGACCCCUCAACAGUCUGAAGGAUUGUGGACCGGCCCUCUGCUUAAAAAGUUUGAGGACCCCUGCCCUAAAGUAUGAAUAUUUUAGGGAAGCAAGUCACAAUUUACAAUGUUUAUUGCUCCAGCUGCUCAGGUGUACUGCACAUUUUUGUCUCCCUCAAUGUCUGUUGAUUUUUUUUACGUAUUUUUGAUUGUGUAAUGAAAGUACAUUAACUAUGCAAGUAAGUGGACAUUUUUUUAAAUGGUGAUAUUCUCAGAACUAUAAUGGAAUGGUUAGCAUUUGGUAUUUCAGUUACUAUUUGGAGUUGUUUUUUACUGUACUGCUGGUAAUGUCUUGGAACUUCUAAUGAAGCUUUUCUCUUCUGUAGCAUCUGCUGUAGUUUAAAAUAUGCCAAUUCCAUCACAAUAUGCUUUUCAUUGAUCUUCACACCUGUUUCUAUUUUAUAAUUAUGAGAACUAAGGGGAGGGACAUGCUACUAGUUUUACAGUGCAUUCACAGCUGGAAUAAUGCUUGAAUUUGUGAGCUGGAGUCCCCAAACCCCUACCUAUGGAAGUGCAUUAGUGGAAUGUUUAUCCGCUUUACCAAAAGUGUAUUUAUAGAUUAUUUGGGCUUCCUGUUGCACAUGUAGUUAGACUCAACUGUAAGCCUUGCAGCAUAGUGAAUUAACUAUACAGGAAACAACUCUUGGUGAGUUACUGUUUGGUUACCAUUCUGGUCCUUGUUUGAAUGUUCUUUGGUGUUUGGGAUACUUAAGCAUGUGUUUAAUGUCCAUUGUAUAGUAUGUUUAUUUUUGUGAAAGAUAUGCCCAUGCCUCAAAUGUGAUACUGCCUAGGUUUUCAAGACACCUAAUGAAAUGGACCACUUUUGUUCCCCAAUCCUAAGUUUGAGCAGUACAAAGUCCUGUUUCACUGAGAUAUUCAUAAACAUAUUUCCAAUCCCCAUAUAAAGAGUGUCACUGCCACCUAGAGCUUCCACAUCCCCAAAAUACUCCGUAAUGCCCCCCAUGUGCUUUAGGGGGUCUGGAAGGCAGCUAUCAUUGUUGUUGUUGUUACUUUCCAAGAUGGACAAACCCAACAUGUUCCAAUCUUGUAUAAGUUAAAGCAGGUGAAAAUAAAACAGGUAAUCUCUGCCAAGGCUGCCACAUCAGCUUUGGAUUUUAAUGAGGCUGCCAAGAAACGUGCAUCCAAGAGCUGUGGUUCCCUAAUAAUAAACUUCCGGAGUGAUGGAGGUAAAACUUAUAGGACUAUUUUAUUUAUAUACACAAAUGCCAAAUAGGCUUAGAAGGAUCUUUUGUUCUUUGUUUUUGGUUUACAUUUUAAAUUUGUGUUUUUUGUUUUUUAUUGUAUGUAAUCUAAUCUAACAAAAUGGUAACAGAUAGGUCUUCUCCCUCCCCCAAGUCACAAAUAUUUGCAGAUUACUUCCCUGUCAGUCCUGUUACUGAUAAAUCAUCCUCUACUCUUUUGUCUAAUUUUUAAAAUAAUGGACAUUAUUUUGAUUUCCAUCUGUACCUUUUUAAUAAAAAAGUCAGUUUUGCUGAAAAAUUCUCAUACAAAGUAAGUUUGGAGAGAUGAGAAAUAGGAGGGGAUCUUUAAUAACUAUUUUAUAUUCUUGUUUUUUUGCUAAAACAGUACUCUGAGUGGUAUAAGGAAGAGCCACAUGUGUUAUAUUUGGUUUGUAAUUUUCCCUGCAUAACCUGUACCUUAAGAUUUCUAAAGUAGCAUUUACAUCUAGUUAGUCAAGGGGAAUUUUCUUGAACAGAUUUAAACCGAUUGGACACAUAAACUCUGAGUGUAAUUAAUUCACCUGUGAUUUCAGUAGAGCCUUCCUGCAAAUGAGUUCGGAAGUAAUUGUGAUGUUUAUAAUCUUCUCCCCCCUCCCAAAAUGUUUUUGGAAUGUUUGAAAGACAGUCUGGUUCUAUGAUAUUUUUUCCAGCAUUGACCUAACUACUAAAUGUCUGCAGCAGUGUCUAUGCAUCAUUCUUUGAUGAAAUAUUUCGUAAUUCAUCUGCAAACCCAGAACGCUAGUGAGAGAUGAACUGGUUUGAAGAGAUGGAUUUUAUACAUUUCUUUGGCUGAUAUGCUUGACUGUGAAAAACGUAUUAUGUAUAGAGAUAAUAAUUUUAUCUGUUCGUAUUUUAUUAUGAUUGAGUUAGUUUAAAGAACCAGAUUGCAGUUACAUGCGAUGUGCAAUAAAUGAAAUAUGUCCAGUUCCUGCCAUGAUGAAACUGAGAUGUCGGUUUAUUUGUCCUGCAUGCAUUUCAUCUAAAUUAAAGGAAAGAAAAACUUAAAAUGUGGUUUUGUGUUGUAAUGUUUAUUAUUUGCUUUAAAAUGUAAUCUAGUCCCUGCAUUUAGUAUGGACACAAGGUUUCUGCGUAAAUCUAACUGUUACAUUUUUUUCUCCCUUUAUUUUUUUGUUUGUAUCAUUCUGCCUUUUUACCUCCUCAUCUGAACACCUGAUUUCCCCCCCAAAUAAACAUCUCUUCAUGCAUGUUGGUGUUAAGCAGAACCACAAAGCCUGCUCCUCAUCUUGAUGGCGUUCAUGUUGUUUUUGGAUUGGUGAUUUCUGGCUUUGAAGCGAUAGAACAAAUAGAAAAUCUGAAAACUGAUACUGCCAGUAGGCCGUACGCUGAUGUGCGAGUCAUUGACUGUGGAGUGCUGGUGACAAAACCAGCCAAGGAUGUGCUAGAGAAGAAGAGGAAGGUCUCUCCCAACUCGGAAGUAUCAGACUCCUCCUCCAGCAGUUCCUCUACUUCAUCGGACUCCUCAUCUGACAGUGAAUCGGAAAAUGAGAGAAGUAGAAAAAGGAAACGGAAGAGAAGAACCAAAGCAAAACAAUCACGGAAGCGAAGAAAGGAAGAGAAGAAGAAAGAGGAACCCAAGAACAAACAGAUAUCAAGACAAAAAAGCCAUUCUGACAGAAGUGAAGCAAAUGAAAAAUCAGUGGACUCAAAUGCAAAAAGGGACAAACCGGUUGUCCGUCCUGAAGAAAUUCCUCCAGUGCCUGAAAACAGGUUUUUGCUUAGGAGAGAUGCACCAACUACAAGUGCAGAGCCUGAGCCGAAGCCCCCUGAUGUAGCACCAGUUUUGACUGACCAGAAGCCCUCAGUGUCUAAAUCUGGAAGAAAAAUCAGAGGGAGAGGCACAAUACGAUACCACACGCCGCCUCGUUCUCGCUCCUGUUCGGAGUCUGGCAAUGAUGGGAGCAGCGAAACGCCUCCCCACUGGAAAGAAGAGAUGCAGAGAUUGAGAGCCUACAGGCCGCCUAGCGGGGAAAAGUGGAGCAAAGGGGACAAGUUGACUGACCCAGGGAAGUGGGAUGAAAGAAGUCUGUCGCAGAGGUCAAGGUCUUGGUCCCAUAAUGGCUAUUCAGACCCAAGCAGUGCAAAAUAUAGCAGCCAGCACAGAAAACACCGGAAAGAGAAAAAGGCAAAGCACAAAAAGAAGGCGAAGAAGCAAAAACAUUUAAAGAAGCGCAAGCAGGUUAAAAAGAAGAGAUUAUCACCUUCAUCAGAUAUGGACUCUUCUCAUUCCUCUACGAGAAGGACAAAAUCCUCUUACGAUCAGGAGCAAGGGUCUCACUCCUCUUCAUUGACUUCAAGGGGCGACUCCUCUAGAAGACGCUGGUCUAAAUCCGAGAGAGAUAAGCAAAGCUCUCCAUCUCUGUCAAGCAGAGAUUCCCAGUCAUACUGUAGAUCCAGAUCCAAGUCUGGAUCUCGGUCCAGGUCUUAUUCCAGAAGAAGUUCUAGAUCAAGAUCUAAGUCUUCUCCGUCUAGGAGCGGGUCCAGGACCGGGUCUAGUUCUGCCUCUAAGCAUCCGAAGACCGCAUCCACUCCACCCAAAAAUGUCUCUCAUUUCAAUGAGUGUAAGCCAGCCAAGGUAGAGCCUGCAAGGACAGCGCUGCCCCAAAACGAUAAAGUUGUGAUUCCGCCUGUUGUUGCCGAAAGCGUUCCAGUUAUACCCCUCAGCGACAGCCCUCCUCCUUCCAGGUGGAAACCUGGGCAAAAGCCAUGGAAACCGUCCUAUGAGCGAAUCCAGGAAAUCAAAGCAAAGACCACUCACAUCAUACCCGCUCCAGCAACUUACAGUUUAAUAGGUACCAACGAUCCUGGCACCUCCUCUUCAUAUCAUAAGCGAGAAAAGAGUUCAGAUAGUGAGCAGAGCAGUUACUCCAAAAACCGGAGUAACAGAAGCUCAGGCAGUUGGCAGAGAUCAAGGAGCAGGACAACUCGAAGUAGAAGCUACUCCAAGUCUUCCUCCAGGUCGAGAAGUCCGUCCAGUUCGAGAUCCCGGUCGACAACCAGAUCCCAUUCAGUGAAUAAAUCCCCCAGUGACCAGUCUUGCUACAGUGGUUCGUCGUCUUACUUUUCUUUAAGUGAAGAUGACAGACAGAAAAGCAAACUAAAGUCUGAAUAUAGGGAGAAACAUUUACAGCUGGAAAAGAAAAGGCAAAGUAGUUCUGAAAGCACACUUCCCUAUGCAAAAGACAUGGCUUCUCAGAAGCAUGAGAGCAGAUCUUCAUCAGUUUUCUCCACAGACAGUGAGCCAUUGGUUAAGCCACAGUCAUCAACUCAAGAAAAGGGACAAUUGGAUUCAGAAAAAUCUAAUCGGAAGCGAAAAAGAAGCAGCUCAGCUUAUGAUGGAGAUGAAAAGAAGACUAGGACUGAGUGGAGCAGUAAUCACUCCAAAGGGAGAGCUUUGAAAGAGAAAUCUGAAUCUCCAAGAAGCGCUAAAAAGGCAAAAAGGAAAACACAUGCUGGCGGUAAGUGGGACUCUGAAUCAAAUUCAGAAGGAGGUGGGAUCAGAAGCAGUAAAGAAGAGUCAAGAUUGUCUUCCAGCAAGGAGGAAGGUGAAGCCUCCUCAGAUUCAGACACAGACCUCAGCCUGGCCAAAGGCAAGGCAAAGCUAGCAUCUAAUUCUGAGGCACCAAAGGCAAGCAAGCAGUCCUCCCUAUCGGGGACAGAGAGCUCCCAUUCCCCUUCAGGCAUCCGGGGGAAAUCGAGAAAGCAAAAGCACAGCUCCAAGAAGAAUCCGAAGAAAGCGCAUUCCAAAAAGGCCAAAGAGAAGUCCAAGGGUAAAAAAGAGAAGAAGCAUAAGGCUCAAAAGCAAAAGGAAACGUUUCAUUGGCAGCCUCCCUUGGAGUUUGGUGAGGAGGAAGAGGAGGAGGAGGACGUUAUUGCCAAGCCAAGCACUAAGGAAGGGAGAGAGAAGCAGGUCUCAAUGGAUCUUAGAGAUAAAAAUCAAGAGCAGGAUUCAGAAAAUGACAAAAUGGUCAAAGACCAAGCAAAGGGUGACGAAAAGCUCCAUGAAGAGAAUAUACCAUUGGAUAAAGCUGGAGGGCAUAUGUCACCUGCCAGUCAGCCUAGUAAAAGUAACGAGGAGCCGUCUACGUCGGCUCAGGCUCUAAAGGCAGACCGAAACAUGGCUGGAUCGAAAACUCCCGACGGCACAGCGGCAAAGAGAGAGAAUGAGGUAGAUGUGACCCAAAUAGACGACAUGGAGAUCUGUACUCCAGAACAUAAUUCCCCUUUAAAGGUUGAUGUGGACCUUUCCCCAGUUACUCUCAAGAUAAACCUCCAGGAGGUAAAAGCGAGUAAGAAUGUAGAUGUCCACAAUCAUUCUGAAGCAAGAAGUGCAAAGCAAAGAGUCAAUGGUAAAGACUCCACUGACACCAAAGAAGACAACAGAGAAAAAGACAAGCACAAAUCUAAACCAAGCACAUCGAUUGCGAGUACGGUCAGUGCACCGAAGCCCGAAAUGUCUGACGGCGCCCAAAGUAGCUCAGCGGAUAAUAAGUGGAAGCCAUUGCAGGGUGCAGGGAAUCUCCAGCUGCCUGCUGCCGUUGCCUCUACCAGUUCUUCGGAAGUCAAAAAUCUACCCUCAUCAUCUGAAUCAAAACCGCAAGGGUUAAGGAUAGAAAUCAAGAGCAAAAACAAAAUUAGACCAGGCUCUCUGUUUGAUGAAGUAAGGAAGACGGCCCGGCUUAAUCGGAGACCAAGAAACCACGAAAGUUCCAGUGAGGAGGAUUCAGCCGAGCGAGAGAACAGCCAGUCCAGAAGCCGCAGCCGGUCGCGGAGCAAGUCAGAACCCAAAUCCCGGCACCGAACCAGAUCCCUUUCCUACAGUCACUCAAGAAGUCGGUCAAGGAGCUCUACGGACUCAUAUAGGUCACGGAGCUACACACGAAGCCGGAGCAGAGGUUGGUACAGCCGAGGUCGCACAAGAAGCCGUAGCAGUUCCUAUAACAGUUGCAGAAGUAAUAGUCGAACCUACAGCAGAAGUCGGUCCAGAAGCAGUUCCUAUGAUCACCGUAGUCGAUCAAGCAGGUCUUAUACCUAUGACAGUUAUUACAGCAGGAGUCGCAGUCGAAGCCGAAGCAAAAGGAGUGACAGUUAUCAUAGAUCUCGCAGUUAUGACCGACGAUCCAGAUCCUACGGUUCCGACAGUGAAAGCGACCGCAGUUACUCUAACAACCGAAGCCCCAGCGAAAGCAGUAGAUAUAGCUGAAAAGCCUCCAGAGGGUUUUCUUUUUUGUAUAACUCAAGAAACUGCCCCUUCUGAGUAAAAUUAAGAGGUGUCAUGAUGGGAAGCCUCAUGUAAAGCACAGCUUUUCUUGGUACUGUUUUCCUGGGCCACGAGGUUGUAUUUAUAUGAAUUGAAUAAGCAGGUAAACCUUGUGUUUUGAGAGAUAGGCACGUCUCCUAUACCAAAGUAAUAUCUCGGCCUCUUCUGAAUAUAAAUAUCAACCAUGAAGCUGUGAAGGAGAGUCCAAUUAGAAGCCUGCCUGCUGCAGAGUUACAUGAAACAAUGCUGUAUCUUGUACAUAAGUAAUAAAAUCCUGUGCCCUAAACGAAUACAGGGAAUCAGGUGCGACAAUUGCGGUUUCUCAUCUGUACCUUACAGCUAUAGGUGAGACAUGUAUAUAAAGUACUUAGGUUCAGGUGCUAGCCCUGUAGCUCUUACUUGAACAAAUUGAAACAUGCAUAUGCAAGACUCCAAAAACGACAUCAGACUGUUCCAUGUCAAUUCUGUUUCCAUGUUGAUAACAGCCUAGUUGCCUCCUGAGUUGGUAAAAAGUUGGUCUAAAAGUCCUUUGGAUGCAUUUAAUCGUAUCUUCCCGUCUUUCAGCACCGGAUAUACUUUUACCGGUGACCUGUCCAUCUUCCAAUGUAUUUUUGUCCUGAUUUUGCCAGAUUUUAUACUGAAGCUAUGGAUUCAGAGUAAGACCAUUUCUGUGUGUGUUACCAAAAAGAGUCUGCAAAUUGUCUAUAUUUCGUGUCUGUUUUUCAAGAUUCCCUUUUCAGUCCAUAAGUACUGAGUUUUCUUUGGGAUUGCGAUCCAGCAGAUAAAAAUCCAUUUGUAAAGUUCAGUGUAUGCGAACAAACCUGUUACAGUAUAUGAAAAAUGACCUUUUUUUUAAACAGCAGAAACAGUGCAUCAGGAAUGAAAUACUGCCUGUAAAUCUAUUGCUGAUAUUGAAUUUUGUUAACUUUCUAUGAUUUGGGGAGGCUGUACAUUUCAUAAAUGUUUUAAAAAAAGGUAUGUUUUUGUCCCAGUCCAAAAGCUGUACAUUUAAAAGGCAUUUUUUUUCCUUCGAUGCAAUUAAAAUAUGAAGCAUUUAAAUAUUA